UUGAUCGUCGCCGGGCGCCGGGAGAUUUUGGUCCGCGCCCCUCCCCGCCCGCGGGAGCCGGACCGCAGGUCCCAGGGAGCCGGCCAGGGAGGGUGCGGGGCCGCGCUCGGGGCUUACGCGGGCGAAGCGAGACCGUUUCCGGCCGAGACGCCGCUGCCGUGCCCGGCCCAACCAGGAAGUCCCGGGUGGACGGGAGGAAAGCCCCAGAGUCUGUGUUGAGUCCCUGGAGCCCGCCCUGACUCCCGGACUGCCUUGGUUAUCGUAGUUGUAGUUUGUACUUAGGGCACGCAAUUCCUCCCCAGCUCCUCCUCCUUCCCGCCCCACUGCUCCUGGUCCUCCUGCGGUAACGCCAUUAGGGAGCCUGCGCCUUCAUUGCCAAGGGUACUUGAGUUCGCAUUCAGGCACCAUGGGGAAUGGGAUGAACAAGAUCCUGCCUGGUCUCUAUAUUGGCAACUUCAAAGGUGAAAAGAGUGAAGCACAGAAAACUUUGUUCAAGGUCAGGGCCAAUAAAUGUCUGAACCAAGAUUUGAUAGAGAAGGAAACAGAUGCCAGAGAUGCAGAGCAGUUGAGCAAGAACAAGGUGACCCAUAUUCUGUCUGUCCACGACAGUGCCAGGCCAAUGUUAGAGGGGGUUAAAUACCUGUGCAUUCCAGCAGCGGAUUCACCAUCUCAGAACCUGACAAGACAUUUCAAAGAAAGUAUUAAAUUCAUUCAUGAGUGCCGGCUUAGGGGAGAGGGCUGUCUGGUGCACUGCCUGGCUGGUGUCUCCAGGAGUGUGACUCUGGUGACCGCGUACAUCAUGACUGUCACUGACUUUGGCUGGGAAGAUGCCCUGCACACUGUGCGCGCCGGGAGGUCCUGUGCUAACCCCAACCUGGGCUUCCAGAGGCAGCUGCAAGAGUUUGAGAAGCAUGAAGUACAUCAGUACCGGCAGUGGUUAAAGGAAGAAUAUGGAGAGAACCCCUUGAGGGAUACAGAAGAAGCCAGAAAUAUUCUGGGAGUUAGCAAUGUGGCAGAAGAAAUCAAGACCAAAACUCAGAACUACCAGACUGCCCUUCUGACAGCCACUUCCCCAGCCAGAACAAGACCAGAAACUGUUGGCAGAACUUGAACUUGCACCCUGUAAGAAGGCAAUGACCAUUAUCAGGGGUGAUGUCUCCAUGUGCAACAGGUACCGGCAUGUGCGCAAAGACCUUCUGCCCCAUGUGAUAGGUGUCAGCCUGGGAUGACUGCCGGCAGAAGGCUCAUUUCCUGGAAAGAUCUGAAGGGCCUCCACCCCACCUCUCCUCUGUCCUCCAUCCUCUUAGGGAGGUAAAGGGACUUGGGCACAUCCCACCAUGGGACCCUGGAUCAUGAUUUAAUCAUAUUAAAUACUUUGAAAAGUGAAAAAAAAUAAAUGAUUCUAUUGAAUUCUGGUACACAAAAUGAAAGACCAUGCAUUCAUAUUGAUGUAAAAAAUGCAAACCCAGUGAGAUAAAGGAAUUCAUCAGUCUUGCUCCCUACUCACUACUAUUUCUCCCUAAGGUCAAACUUAGAACAUGACACAUAAUACAUGUUUAAUAAAUAAAGCCGAAUGAAGGAUUUGUAUUAUUAUCACCACUUAACAGAUGAGGGAAUGAAGGCUGCAAGGUUAAACUAUGGCUUAAGCAAGUACAGGUAGUAAUAGGCAGAGCUGGGUGUCUGUCUUUAAACUAAGCUCUUUUUUACUGUCAUCUCUCAAAAGUAAAGCCAAGAACUCAAUCAGAUUCGUAAUUGUUAUCUCUCAAAGUGAGCUGAGAGCCAGGACUGACACUUAACAACUUUGUAAGUUCCUAAAACGUUGGUUUUUCAUUGUAAGGUAUUUUUAAAAACAUAAUUUACAUUUUAGUAUGUCACAUUUCAACAAUCUUUGAGAACCCAAACAGUGAAUGUACUUGGUUUAAUGACAAAAUAAUAGCAAAUAGAGAUAUUUUUUGGCCUAUCAUGUCAUUCAGACUUUAUUUUUGAAAACUUCAGAUAGUCAGAAUGUUUUCCCAGUACUACAAAUAACUGAAUAAAUGUUUAAAGUACUUUAUUUUAGAUCAAUUUAAUGACAAUAUUUUGCAGCAGUUCCAAUACUUCAUACCUUGUUGUUCAGAGUCAGCUUUACUCCAACUGCAUAUACAUCUUCAGUCUUCAACUGAGAAGCUUACUACCUGCCUCUCAAUUAUUGGUUUAUAAAUGUGGUACGUGAGUGCCAGUGAACUUUUCAAAAUUCAUGUCAGUAUUGUACAUUAAAUGCCAAGCUUAAUGAUGAAAUAAAUAGUUACUGAGAUGUUCUAUGACAGCAAUUUUCAAACUUUUUCAUCUCAUGGAAUACAUAAACUACUAAAAUUCUGUGGCACAUCAAAAAUGAUUUUUGCUGAUUUGAUAAAAAAUAAGUAUUAUUUUGAUUCAUUCAUACCAAAUGGCUACUGUUGUGUUGGGUAUUGCCAUUUUUAAAUUUGAUAGUCUAAGAGAAAAGAAGUCAGUGCUCCUGACUAAAGAGUCAGGUAUUGCAAGUCUUAAAAAUUCCUUGGCUCACUGGUUGAACAUUACUGUUUUAUGACAUAUCCCAGUUUCCUGUCUAUUUGAAGUGCAUUCAGUUCUGUGGAAUGAGUUGUGAUCUCUUGGAUUAUGUUUCUUUAAGAACUAUUGUUGGAAAAAUGAGGACAGAGAUUUGGUUCCUAAUUUCAGGCUCCCCGGGCUGGCAUAAGCUGGAAUUGCUUCAAAGCUACCAAUUCCUUCUGUGACCAUUUAACCAGAAUUCUCUGCUAAGUGAUUAGAAGUCACCAAAGGAGAAUGGAAUGAGCCAAUCUCUUCCUGUUCCUCUAAGAACACUCAACAGUCUCCUAAGCUGUGUCAGGUACUAUUUGGGUGCUGUGGAAAUAGCCAUGACCAGACAAGGAAGGCCUCAGCUCUCCUGGGGCCAGUGUCUCCACCAGACACCACCAGGAGGUGGUGAUUAAAAUGAAAUUGAGCUUGUGAUUGUGAACUUGUGAUUACAAAAUGCAGAGGUAGAUUGCAUGGAGAAGCAGUUGAUUUCAGGAUAGAAUCAGGGAAAAUACCAAAUGAACCUGAAACUUGUGGGGCUGGAAAUAAGGAAGUAUUUGAAAAUGAAAGGAACAUGUCAAGAGGACACAGAGAUGACCUGAAGGAGUUCCCCAUGGCCAGAACUGGAAUAAAUUGCUCUACAAAAUUCAUGGAUUGUAAUCCAUAAAUUAAAAGUAUUAGAGUCUAAUCCUUGGAAUAAAAUAAAUAUUCACGAAUGCAUAGUGAUUUAAAUAAACAAAUAAAUAAAUGACAGAGAAGGGGCAGCUCACCCUUACAGAAGAAUUCAAGUUAAAUGCGGAAGGAAUAAGGAAAAGCAAAAUCACCAACAAGCAAAAAGUAUAGUAAUAAUGGUUGUAGACAAGGUCCACUGAUGGAUAUGUAAAUCACUGGGCUAAGCUUUGAGAAGAAACAGGACAUUUUCAUAGUAUCAACUUGUCCCUCCCAAGAAAUUGAUCAGUUAUAAAAGGAAAAAUAGUAACUUUACAGUAUAAACUCUGCAGCCACCUCAACAAAGUGAUUAAAGUAACAUCACCAAGAAGAAGUCCUAUGGGAAGAGGAUGCAGUAUCAUUUUUGUGGGAUUCCUGACAAAAUUCAUCAUCUCAAUGUAAUCAGAGAUGAGAAAAUAGUCUGAUCCAAAUUUUGAGACAUUCUACAAAGUAACUAUCAAGAAAUACCAAGAACAUGAAAGACAAAGAAGGAAAAACUGAGAAAACAUCAAAAACAUAAGGGUUGGAGUAAAGAGAUGCUGUUAAGCCCUGGCGGGAGUUGUGUGUCAUCUGGAAAACUUAGAGCCAAGGAGUAUAUGCCUCUGAGGUCUGCAGGGGGAAAAUGAAGUGUGAGGGAAAAAGCAACUGGAUCUGACCAAUGUCAGUGGGCAGUUAGGACCAUGCAAACUCAAAUUUCUUGUUUUUCUCAACAGCAGGUUUAAAAAUUAACCUAGUUUGAAAAAUUGCCUUAAAUCUCUAUUUCAUUUUACCUGUCUUUGUGCAGAGCAUUAAGUCCUGUGAAAACGAUAAAGAUGACAAAGAAAUAGAAAGAGUGACCCUUAGAACUUAUUAAGGGGGUAGGAUAUUACAAGAGAAAUAUACAAAUUAAAGAUUAAAAACAUGUCCAUCAUACAUGGAUAAAGAAAAUGGGGUAUAUACAUGCAAUGCAAUACAAUUCAGCAUUUUAAAAAGAAGGAAAUCCUGCCAUUUUCAACAGCAUGAGUGGACCUGGAGGACAUCAUGCUAAGUGAGGUAAGCCAGAUACAGAAAAAAACAUGUCUUACUUAUACGUAGAAUCUAAAAUAGUCUAACUCAUAGAAGCAAAGAGUAGAAUGGUAAUUUCCAGGGCCUGGGGUUGGGGAGAAAGAGGAAAGUGAUGGUCAAAGGGUACAAAGUUUCAGUUACACAGAAUGAAAAUUUCCAGAUCCACUGUACAAUGUGUUGCUUAUAGCUAACAAUACUGUAUUGUAUUAUUUAAAUUUUGCUAAGAGGAUGGAUAGUAUGGUAAGUGUUCUUACCAGAAAAUAAUAACAAUAAAAGGGAUGGGAGGGAAUUUGGGGAGGUGGUAGAUAUUUACAGCCCUGAUAUUGGCCAUGGUUUCAGAGAUGUACACUCUUCUCCCCAAACUUGAGUUGUGUAUGUUAAACAUGUACUGCU